GUGGGGAGCAGCAACGCGCAGAGAGAGCGGCUCCCAGCGGAGCCGACACCGGGACCGGGCAGCCCCGCAGUCAGCAGCCGCCCCGGCCACGCCAUGAGAGCAGCGCUGGGUUGCAUCACCCUCGCUCUGUGCGCUCUACAGCUGCCCCACGGCCGAGCCCUGCCCCACGGCCGCUCUCCCAAGCACAGGGAACCCCCAGAUCGGAGACCCCCCCCAGCCAUUCUGCGCUUACCCCACCGGCACCCACCGUCGCCCCACGGGGAGCCUCCCCCAGGGCUACAAUCCAACCUCAGACUCAAACAACUCAUCAUCCCUCGCCCCCAACCGGCCCUAUGGCACGGCCCCAAGCCGUCCCCAAGGCACAGACACCGACACCCCCCGGGGCAGCGGGGCCGGCGUCACAUCGGGGCUCGGCUGCACCGCGCUCAGCCGCUGCGGGUGGGCUGCGUGCUGGGCACGUGUCAGGUGCAGAACCUCAGCCACCGCCUGUGGCAGCUGAUGGGCCGCCCAGGCCGCCAGGACUCAUCCCCCAUGAACCCCAACAGCCCCCACAGCUAUGGGUAAAGGGUGUUUUUUUCCCCCCCCCCCUGCUUCCCCCCCUUCCCAGGACUGUGUGGGUCGGGUAGGAGCUGACACUAAAGCACUUCCAGCGGCUGCGGGCUCCUGUGCGCCUUUCUGUGGGAUCCCUGCAGGGGAUGGGGCAGCA